AUGGAGAACAACUCUCCGAAUGGAGGAGGCGAUCGUCCCCAACACAGUGCCGCGGCGUCAAGUGACACUCAGCGUCCAGAGACGGGACUCCGUAAUUCCGCGGGCCUUGGGACCGGUCCUUCGUCGCCGGUUUCGCAAGUCAUGACGCUCUCCGGGGCGAACGGCGGGGUAGACGGAGGGAAAGGAGACAGAGGUUCAUCGGCACGGGGCGAGGCGACGGAGACUGCAACCGGAACUAGCGCCGGAGUGGAUCGCGAAAGGGGAGAGCGAACCGCGUUGCCGGCGUCAAAGGACGCCUGGUCGUCACUUCGGGGGAAGAUGUGUCUCGAGGAAAUGCUGUAUGAAACGUCGCAGAGGGCGAAGGUCUACAAUCGAAACCACUAUGGGCUCCUCGGUAUUCUCAAGGUCAUCCGAAUGACAGAUCCUGAUCUCAACGUCCUAGCCCUUGGAACAGAUCUCACUUCUCUGGGUCUCAACUUGAACUCUCCCGACUGCUUGUUCUCCUCCUUCGGCUCGCCCUGGUCCGACGCCCCAGCAGCUCGAGAUGCGGAGUCUUUGCUUCCGUCGUGCUAUCUACCGCCUGUCCCUCCUACCUUCAAGCUGUCUCACUUGGAGAAGUUCAAUGAGCACACGCUGUUUUACAUCUUUUACUGCUGCCCAAGACUCCUCCUUCAGGGCUGCGCAGCAGCAGAACUUUACAACCGGGGCUGGCAAUACCACAAGGUGUGGAAGAAGUGGUUCCUCGCAGAGCCGCUGUCGCGAACAGCCGGACGCAGCUCGACCGGCCCAACAGAGGACGGGAAGGAAACAAACACCUCGUCGACUGCUGCCGAGGGAGCAGGAGGCCGGUCGGGAGAGAGUGCUUCGUCCGCCAGCAGCCGAGGGAGCGGCGCAGAGGCAGGGGACGCAGCGAGAGAGACUGUCAAGCGCGAAGAGCACGGCGACGCUCCGGAGAACGCCGAGCCGACUUCUUCGGCAGCCGAACAGGAGGACAGGACGGAGGAGAAAGCAGGCGAGGCGACAGGAGAGAAAGCUGGAUCUGGAAGCUCAGCAGACCUCCCAAGGUGGACCUACUUCGAGCCAGCUACGUGGAGUCGCAAGGAAUUUCGCGGCGUUCUGGAUCUCCAGUGUUUCCUCAAAGCAGAGGAAGUGCGGCAGAGCGUGGAAGAAGGUGUACGCCAGGUGCGAGCCCAGCAGCAACUGCAACACCAGCAACUGCAGCAGUUGCAGCAGCAGCACCAGCAGCAAGUGUCUGUACAGCAGCAGCAAGUGGCUGCAGCAGCGCACCAGCACUUUUCACAGCAUCAGAAGCCUGGGCUGUCUCAGCCGCAACUCAACCACCACUUGGGCAUGAAUCUGUCUCAGUCGAAUAAUGCGCCUCCCGCCAACCACCCGAAUCCGGGACAGAUGGGUGCAGGCAGCGCCCUCUCCUCCGGUCAAGCUGGACAAUCCAGCAACGUGCCCAGUUGGUCUUCUCUCUCGUCCGGGGCCUCAGGGCCCUCAGCGAACGCCGUGGGCGGCGGAGCGGGAGGGAGUGGCGGCGGCCGUUGA